AAAUCCUGCGAUUUGCUGGCCUUUAUCGCAGUCAAACUCAGACCCUGGCAGAGUACAGCGCUCAGUCACAAGUUGCCUGAACCGAUAACCCUCAUUCACACAGAAAAUGGAAGACGAAAUUGCCGCCCUGGUUGUUGACAAUGGCUCUGGAAUGUGCAAAGCUGGCUUUGCAGGAGAUGAUGCUCCACGUGCUGUCUUUCCCUCCAUUGUUGGCCGUCCCAGGCAUCAGGGUGUAAUGGUUGGGAUGGGCCAGAAGGACAGCUAUGUUGGUGAUGAGGCACAAAGCAAAAGGGGAAUCCUGACUCUUAAAUACCCCAUAGAGCAUGGUAUUGUGACUAACUGGGAUGACAUGGAAAAGAUCUGGCAUCACACUUUCUACAAUGAGCUGAGAGUUGCCCCUGAGGAGCACCCUGUCCUGCUGACGGAGGCCCCUCUGAACCCCAAGGCCAACAGGGAGAAGAUGACCCAGAUCAUGUUUGAGACCUUCAACACACCUGCCAUGUACGUUGCCAUCCAGGCUGUACUGUCCUUGUACGCCUCUGGCCGUACCACUGGAAUUGUCAUGGACUCCGGUGAUGGUGUGACCCACACAGUGCCAAUCUAUGAAGGUUAUGCUCUGCCCCAUGCCAUCCUGAGGUUGGACCUGGCUGGUAGGGACUUGACAGACUACCUCAUGAAAAUCCUGACUGAGAGGGGUUACAGCUUUACCACUACAGCUGAGCGUGAGAUUGUGCGAGACAUCAAGGAAAAGCUGUGCUAUGUUGCACUGGACUUCGAACAAGAAAUGGGAACUGCUGCCUCCUCCUCUUCAUUGGAGAAGAGUUACGAGCUUCCUGACGGGCAGGUAAUCACCAUUGGAAACGAAAGGUUCCGCUGCCCUGAGGCCCUCUUCCAGCCUUCUUUCCUUGGUAUGGAGUCUUGCGGUAUCCACGAGACUACCUUCAACAGUAUCAUGAAAUGUGAUGUGGAUAUCCGUAAGGACCUGUAUGCCAACACUGUCCUCUCUGGAGGUACAACAAUGUAUCCUGGCAUUGCUGACCGUAUGCAGAAGGAGAUUACUGCCUUGGCGCCUACCACCAUGAAGAUCAAGAUCAUUGCUCCCCCAGAGAGGAAGUACUCUGUAUGGAUUGGAGGCUCCAUCCUGGCUUCCUUGUCCACCUUCCAGCAGAUGUGGAUCAGCAAGCAGGAGUAUGAUGAGUCUGGCCCCAGCAUUGUCCACAGGAAGUGCUUCUAAACAGACUUUGUUCCUACACCCCUUCAAAAACACUGCUCAGGCUCUGCACCUACACCAACACUGUGCUGGGCCUGCACCUCUUCCCAUUCUGUUAUCACUCUGGCUAUGGCACUACGCCCUCUGAUUGGGCAAAACUCUACAUGAAGGACAGCAUCCAGGUGGUGUGACUGUGUGGAUAAACAUGUCAUUUGUAGUGUUGUGUAGAUCAUUUCAGAUGUCUUUGUUCACCACCUUAUUUGCCUCUAUGAAGGUUUAUUCUCUGGUGGGCUUACUGCUCAUCAGAUCUGUAGUAUUGCUUAAUAUGUAAAUUAUGUAAUCUGAACUUUUUUUUUGUACUCCGCCUUAAAUACUUGGUCCAGUUAUCAUGAGAGAUGAAGCUUCUACCUUGUGUUUGAGGUGUAUGAAGGAUUGUGCAUGGGGCUUUCAGCCUCUACACACAACUAAAUAAAACGCACAUGUCUGAAA